AUGCGAUUCGAGGGUUCCGCAUGGUUAAGCAUACGCGCGCGGUGCGCAGCGCUAUAUGCGAGGAGAAGGUUCAUGAUAUUUUCGUCUUGCACAGCCACUGCUGAGAAUCUGACGAAAUGGGUUCCGCUCGCAGUCAUGAUUUACAAGGACACGCGCUUAUCCUCCGCUCUCGAAAGCCAUGUCCUUGCCGUGAGGCUCAGCACUACCAUAGGCCGAAAAGUCAUUAUUCCUCGGCGUAUCGAUGUCAGGGAGUCCCAAGUCAUAGCCGUAGGUUGUAAAGGCAGAAUCAGCGAUUGGAUACUGUCGACCACGCUCAGCCUCUACACCAGGCGGGCCUGGUCUCUUCUUUGGAAGAUCAUUGAUAAGCGAUUGGACGGACACACGACGUACGUCGGGAGGCGACUGUGCUGA